AAUAUAAAUUGUAAUUCGUUGAAAAUGAGAAAACGACUGUCGGAAUGUUGCAAUUUGCAAUGUUUAAAAUUUAAAUCACGUUUACAGGGUUUGAAACUUUUCACUUAAACUUUAAAGAUAUUGGUUUUCAACUUUUGGUUGCAACUUACACAAUGAGCGUUUUGUACAGCGAUGACGAUGGUUUCUUCAUAUCACAUCAAAUGUUUAUUUCAAAGUUGUACGAUACUAUUUUGAGCAAAACCCAAAACGGUGUACAUUUGUACGAACAUUUCUUUCAUAUAAACAAUCCAUUUGUCAGGGACAAACAGCAAGUAGAAACUAGUGCGGAAACUAAUGUCGUGAAACGUAAGAGAAAGCGUCCACCAUUUGAGGAAGAUGAAAUAAGUAAAAAAAUCAAAACUUUUAUAUCAAAUUUAAAAAGUUACACAGACAUAUUUUCCAUAUCGCCAAAAAUUUUGGAUAAUAAUAUUUGUGCUAGACAUGCGUCUAUAAAGUUCUAUGAAAGCACUAGUGCGCUGAAAACAUUUUAUGGGCAAAAUCCAAAUCCAAACUUACAUACAGCUAAUGGUUAUGUAUUCCCUCCGAAAUGUCAGUUUUAUUGUGACAAUGUUUUCAAUAUGAAAAACUUAGGAGAUGAAAAAUAUGACAUGAUAUUGUUAGACCCACCAUGGACGAAUAAAUAUAUAAAAAGAAAGAAGAAAAUUAAACGAGAUGAAGGGUAUACAAUGAUGGAUGAUCAGGAUUUGGCCCAAUUACCUAUAAAUCAGUUCCUAACUUCAAACGGUUUGGUCUGCGUGUGGUGUACAAAUUCUCAAAAUCAUAUAGACUCAUUAAAGUCUGUAUUAUUUCCAAUAUGGAACGUAAAAUAUGUGGCCUGUUGGUACUGGAUAAAGGUGACAGAGUGUGGAGAAUUUGUUUGCAAUUUUGCACCAGGAACUGGCAAACAACCAUACGAACGCAUAUUAUUCGGAAGGAAAAUAGACUGUGAUACCAAAAUAAAUAAUCCUGAAGAAAAUAAGUUCAUCGCAAGUAUUCCAAGUUCAGUGCAUUCACAUAAGCCUCCUCUAUCUGAGAUAUUAAUUCCUUAUCUGCCUCCAAGACCAAAAUGCUUAGAACUAUUCGCAAGGUAUCUAUUACCUAACUGGACUAGUUAUGGACUUGAAGCUUUAAAAUUUCAACAUCAAUUUUUGUAUGAAAAUUCAGAUUUAGAAAACUGCAAUCACAAAUCCAAUAUAAAAUGUAAUGAAAAUAUUAUGUAAGUUUUCUAUCAAAUAAAAACGAUUUUAUACCACUGACAUAAUAAUAUUAUGUAUUUGUAUAUUACAAUAUACCUAUCGCAAAGAAAGCUUUCAGAAACAUCAAAAUGUAUUAUAAUUCUUUACAUUUAGUUGAAUAGCACAACCCAAUGGAGCCACGCAACUCUACGGUUGACUAAAAAAAAAGUUAAAUAG